AUGAGAAAGAACCUUGAAUCUGCCAAAAAUCCAACAAAUCCGGUCGAUCUUUUCGAUUGUAUAGUCACCCAAUCUCUCACCCUCGAUAUCAACAGAGGCUUCUGUAUCACCACAGGGUAUACCAUGAAUCCAGCGCACAAAAAGCUCAUAAUUUUCCUUCACAUUCUCGGCGAAAUCGUAAAACCUGCUUUUGGAAAUGAUGAAGACGCACUUGGUGAUAUCACGGCCGAGGAGCUCGGCAAGGUGAUGCGCUCCCUAGGCCAGAAUCCGACGCAGUCGCAGCUCCAAGACAUGAUCAGCGAGUUAGACGCAGAUCACACCAACUCAAUAGACUUUGAAGAAUUCCUCACCUUGAUGACAGCCACCACGAAAGAGUUCAACCCCGAAACAGAGCUCCGGCAGGCAUUCGAUGUCUUCGACAAAGACAGCAGCGGAACGAUCAACUCGACGGAAUUGUGUCAGGUCAUGGAGGCCAUUGGCGAGAAGCUUACCGACGGCGAGAUCCAGGAGAUGAUGCGGAUACAGACGGGGACGGGACAAUUAGCUGUAAGACCACCUGCUUAUAUUUGA